AGCCUGAGGAAAUUACCGAUGCGACGACUUUCCCGGAAGCCCUUUUCUGUUGCUGUCCUGAACCGGCCGCGUAGUUCUUCACAGUGUUUCUGUCUAUACAAAAAUGGUGGCUUUUUGUCGGAUGAUUCAGAGCGCUUGCCUUUGUCAAGCUCGGGGACGAUUGUUAGAUGUGUGUUCAGUAGCAGUUCGCUCCCUCCUCCCGAAUGGAUAGAACCCUUUAACGAUGUCUCCGAUUUGGUGAAAUCAACUGGUAAUCUCCAGCCAUCUCCAUGGGUAAGCCAAAUUCUCAACCUCCUAGAUGGCUCGGAUUCCAUGGAAUCGAAUCUGGACGGUUUCUGCCGUAAGUUCCUUAUAAAGCUAUCGCCCAAUUUUGUUGCGUUUGUGUUGAAAUCCGAUGAGAUUCGCGAAAUACCCGGUGUUGCUUGGCGUUUCUUCUGUUGGGCUGGUAAGCAGAAGAAGUAUACGCAUAAGCUCGAGUGUUAUGUCUCCUUGGUUGAUGUUUUGGCUCUGGCGAAAGAUGUGGACAGGAUUAGGUUUGUCUGUAGUGAAAUCAGGAGAUUUGAGUUUCCUAUGAAUGUUUCUGCGGCGAAUUCUUUGAUUAAGAGUUUUGGAAAGCUUGGAAUGGUGGAGGAAUUGUUGUGGGUUUGGCGCAAAAUGAAAGAGAAUGGGAUUGAGCCUACUUUGUAUACUUAUAACUUCUUGAUGAACGGAUUAGUGAGCUCGAUGUUCAUUGAUUCCGCAGAGCGUGUUUUCGAGGUUAUGGAAGGUGGCAGGAUCAAACCAGAUGUUGUGACGUAUAACACUAUGAUCAAGGGUUACUGUAAAGCAGGGCAGACACAGAAAGCUAUGGAGAAGCUUAGAGAUUUGGAGACGAGAGGCCUUGAGGCUGAUAAGAUUACGUAUAUGACAAUGAUCCAGGCAUGUUAUGCAGAUAGCGACUUUAGUUCUUGCGUGGCUUUGUAUCAAGAAAUGGAUGAGAAGGGGAUUCAAGUCCCGCCUCAUGCGUUUAGUCUAGUGAUUGGAGGACUUUGCAAGGAAGGGAAGUUGAAUGAAGGGCAUGCUGUUUUCGAGAACAUGGUCCGUAAAGGGUCUAAACCAAACGUAGCUAUAUACACUGUUUUGAUAGAUGGUUAUGCGAAAUACGGAAGUGUUGAGGACGCGAUAGGGCUUUUACAGAGGAUGAUAAACGAAGGGUUUGAACCUGACGUGGUAACUUAUUCAGUUGUUGUUAAUGGUUUGUGUAAAAAUGGCAGAGUGGAAGAGGCGUUGCACUGUUUCGACACUUGCCGGUUUAAAGGUUUGGCUAUCAAUUCGAUGUUUUAUUCCAGUCUUAUUGACGGUUUAGGAAAAGCGGGUCGAGUAGACGAAGCAGAGAGGCUUUUCGAAGAGAUGUCUGAAAAGGGAUGCACUAGGGAUUCAUAUUGUUACAAUGCACUGAUCGAUGCGUUCACAAAGUCUGGAAAAGUCGAUGAAGCGUUGGGGCUGUUUAAGAGAAUGGAGGAAGAAGAAGGUUGUGAUCAAACGGUAUAUACAUACACGAUACUCAUAAGCGGAAUGUUUAAAGAACAUAGAAACGAAGAGGCGUUAGAGCUUUGGGACAUGAUGAUCGACAAAGGUAUUACACCGACCGCAGCUUGCUUCAGGGCUUUAUCGACUGGGCUUUGUUUGUCGGGAAAAGUGGCAAGAGCGUGUAAGAUAUUGGAUGAGUUAGCUCCAAUGGGUGUGAUUCUCGACGCAGCUUGUGAAGAUAUGAUCAAUACACUGUGUAAAGCUGGUCGGAUUAAGGAAGCCUGUAAAUUGGCUGAUGGGAUUACUGAGAGAGGAAGAGAAGUGCCUGGGAGGAUCCGUACUGUUAUGAUCAAUGCUUUGAGGAAAGUGGGAAAAUCAGAUUUAGCUAUGAAGUUAAUGCAUAGCAAAAUUGGGAUUGGUUAUGAGAGGAUGGGUAGUGUUAAAAGGCGUGUCAAGUUUAGGACUUUACUUGAAAACUUUGAUCCUGACUUUUAAAGCCUUUAAUUAUUUGUUUGCGUUUCAGUUUAACGCUUAUGAGAGGAUGUGUAGUGUUAAAAGGCCUGUCAAGUUCAGGACUUUAUUUUAAAACGUUGACCUUUAAUUGUU